CUACACACUUCUACCACAAAGUCCUCCGUCACUACUAUCACAGGCACUCCCCGCCCUCCCAUAGCACACAUCCUGCUCGCCACGAACAUCACUCAUACCGACCACAGCGGAAAUUUUGACUUUUUGGGAACGAGCUUCGCCAGCUCUGGGCCGCCGCCGCCAUGGAUGUUGUUCUUGAAGUCUUCGACACUUUCGUCUUCGACCGAUUAUACGCCAAUUUCCUGCCCAUCUCGCCGGGCAUCUCGACCUUUGAUCCGGUUGCAACAUUAGCAGCGGGCUCCAAGGGCCACAGCACAAACGAAACAUUCGGCCUCUCCCCAGGCGCGCCUUACCCACAAUCAGCAUGGCAGUGGGAGCCGUCCAACUCGUUUUUCUCGUUACCGCCGACUGAAUACGCAUACAUGAGUCGGUGGGAUCGCGACAAUAUCUUCAGACAGUUUCUGAGCUUCUACGUUAUAACAUGGCUGUUCGGCCUGGUCAUCUACUUCGUUUGCGCGACGCUGAGCUAUGUAUUCGUCUUCGAUAAGACGACGUUUCAACAUCCGAAAUACCUAAAGAAUCAAAUGCGCAUGGAAAUUCGACAGACCAUGGAGUCGAUUCCGGUCAUGGCCGUCUUCACAAUACCCUUCUUCGUCGCUGAAGUCAGAGGUUACUCCUUCAUCUACGACAGUGCGACGAACCCCGGCUUUGAACAUCCAUUCCUUCGUUGGUUUGGAAAUUCAUACAACUACAUCCAGUUCCCUCUCUUCCUCAUGUUCACCGACUUCUGCAUCUACUGGAUCCAUCGAGGUCUACACCAUCCGCUGGUCUACAAGACUCUCCACAAGCCUCACCACAAAUGGAUCAUGCCAACACCAUACGCCUCGCAUGCAUUCCACCCUCUCGAUGGUUACAGUCAAAGUGUGCCAUACCACUUGUUCCCAUUCCUGUUCCCACUCCAGAAGUUCGCCUAUAUCGCGCUCUUCACCUUCAUUCAGAUCUGGACUGUCAUGAUUCACGAUGGCGAAUAUGUGGCCAACUCUCCCAUUAUCAAUGGCGCAGCGUGCCACACAAUGCACCAUCUGUACUUCAACUACAACUACGGCCAAUUCACAACCCUGUGGGACCGUCUUGGUGGCAGCUACAGGAAGCCGAAUGAAGAGUUGUUCAGGAGAGAGGAGAAGAUGAGCGAGUCGGAGUGGAAACGACAAACGAAAGAGAUGGAGAGGAUGGUGAUUGAAGUCGAGGGUGAGGACGACCGAAGUUACGGUCCCUCUGAAACAGUCAAGAAAGUGCAGUAGAUGGGCAACGAGGUUGAUAACGAGUCUCAUGGAUAAAUUUGCGUACGCGCAGUCUGCGGCGUUGAAUUGGCUAUAAAGUGGCCCUGUAGAAUUGCAUGGUUGAGGCGUUCUGGGACAGGAGAGUUAUCUUCCUAUACGCGCGACCAAGCUGGAUCGUUGUAUCUGUCCGCGACAGCGAUAGGUAUAGGACUGCCAGCGCUGCUCUUUCUAAUGAUAACCCUAUUGGAAACAGUCAGUUCG